AUCUCCACAAAUAAGUAAUCAUGGCCUGCCGAUUCGCCUUCCUGUUGUCAGUUAAAAACCGCCGCUGGACGCCAUCUCUUCCUUUCGCCUUCUUCACUACCGUUCGUCUGCAACUCCGCUGCUCACCUGACUCGUUCUUCUUCCUGUCCAGGUCAGUUCCUUCUCUCGCCGCCAUGAUUGUCUCGGAUUUCGAUUCGGCUACCCCAUCGCCCAAUUCUCGCCAAGCCGGCCAAUCGGCCUCUGACCGUAACCCCGGCCACACUCCAUCACCCCGGCCGUCACCGUCGGCCGUGCCUGGCCACAAACGGCGUCGAUUGAGGAAGCAAUACCCUUCCUCAACUCCGGUAGAUGAGGGCUCAAGGGUUGAAUUGGACGAAAACAUCAUGGCGUUGUGCCAUUGUCAAAUUACUGACCGGGGGUUCGCCGAUGCCAUUGACAUGGUUGGACCCUCCAUCGAGGUCAUGAGACCUACCAGUACUCAAACUGCUCUAAACGCACCGUCGGGGUUCUUCACGGUCCAUCUGGCGUCUUUGAAGAAGGGGCUGCGCUUCCCACUCCACCCGUUGUUGAUCGAAUUCCUCAACGUGGUGGACCUUCUCCCGUGCCAACUGGUCCCCAACUCUCACCGGUACAUCGCCGGUUACCUGGUCCGGUGCAAAGAUGUAGGGGUGAAUUCGACCUUGGACCAUUUCAUAUUCACCUUCAAACUGACCAAGGGCCAUAAGGAUUGGGCGUCCUAUGCCAGUCUUUCCCAGAGGUCCAGUAAACUCUUUGCUAGUGAUAAGAAGGGGUCAACCAAAGAUUGGAAGCCUUUCUUUGUCUUCGUUUCGACAGGGCCCGAAUCUCCUUUCACGGGUUCAGGGCGCCCUUCCUUCCGUCGCAUCCCACGCCCCCCACCUGAUGCCACACUUUUGUCUAUCACUCGCCAAUUCUGCAAUAAGGGAGUUAUGAACAUCAAAGAGGUGGUGACAGAGGAAACCCUUGCCGGGUUGGGGUUUGAGUUUGUUCAGGAUGAGCUUCGCCACCAACCCGACCUAUUGAGGGACAUCCCCGGGGGGCAUCAGCCUGACCAGCUGAAGGACAUUCCUGAGGAAGGUCUUGAUUGUGGUCCUUUUGUGGAAUUACAAGAUUCAGGAGAAGAGAUGGACAUCGAUCUCCUGCUCAGUCGCUUCACUGCAGGGAGGAAAAGGAAGAGAGAGACGAAGGGCCAAGGCAAACGUUCUUCAUCCCACCACGAGGAGGGUCCUUCUCGAGAGCCGGUCGUAAUUGCGGUGGAGGACCAAGAAGAUGCUACCCAGGAACCGGGUACCAUGGCUGGCCAGUCCCCUCCACACCCCGUGAUGCAGGGUGGCGACCUCGCUGGGUCGUCUCAGGGCAUUGCCUUGGAGCAACCUCCAUCACCACCCGCAGUGACCUACGAGGUGGCGACCGGGGGUCGCUCGACGAGGCUCUGCAUCCCUCCCCUGCCCCAAAGCCUAGGGGACGUACAGCUGGAGACUCUUAUCACUCUGCCUGCAAAAGACUAGGCUCGUAUCUCGGCAGGCUCCGAGGACGACCUUGACAACAUGGUCCUUUUGAGGCUCAGUCAGGUACUGGUCUU